GCAAGCGAGGAGGUGGGGGAAGAAUUGCUUCAGGCCUGUGGUCGUUUCUGGUGACUGAUGGUUCGGGCUUCCUGGCGCUCCCAGCUGUUUAUAAAAAAAAAAAAAAGCCCAAACCCAUUUGACCGAGACGGUCGCUCUGGGGAGACUUCAUCUGCUGCUUGUGUGUGCUCUUGUGACCCAGAGGUUGGUAAACAAGGGGGGAAACGCUACACAGGAUUCUGAGCUUGUUGAUCUUGGCAGCGGCCCAAGUUUUUGCUCUGAACUCACUAUGUCCUAUUGGCAGGACCUGAAACUUUUUUUUUCGCGUGUGUGUGUGCGCGCUGUUUCACCAGUGCCUGUCAAACCGACCAUUUUGCACAGGCUCAGUUCUGACAUUUCCUGUCUUGGGUUAUCAUCACUUCGGCUAAAGACGACGCGACGUUGCAGCACCACCGCCCCCUUCCACCCCGCGGGCCCUGGCUUUUUUUUUUUCAACCGAAAGGUUUGCGGCAGGAUUUUGCUUGCAGUCUCCAUGGCAAUGUGAAGUGCUCCAAGUUCUCAGAAGUCCAGCAUGUUUACAGUUAUUGUGUCAUCAGAUUAGGCUGCUGCCCCAGUCCUCAGUGCGUGGAUUGCUGCUUCUACAGUCUCCCCAUGCCACACACCAUUCCCCGACCAAAAGGGCAAGAAAGAAGACAUGGUUCUUCGUGUAAGGCGAGUCUCUCACCAGCUUCUUCGACCUCCAAUUUGACAACUUCACCCGUCCCAAUGAAAUCCAAAGCCUGCAGUAGUCAUACCACAAUUGGUAGCAACUGCAAGCCUUUCAAGUCACCAAAAGACAAUCUACAUACCUCCAAUAAUAAGCAGCAUCAGACAGUCUUUCCUUCCAAAGUAACAAGAGAUAAAUCAUGUGUUCCUGUCCCAAUUGUAAGCCUUGAGAAGAUCCCUAACCUCGUGAAAACAGAUGGUGCCAAUGUUAAAAUGAGUUCCACCUCUGCUACCAUCUCCACCACCUCUUCUGCCUCUUCAUCUUCCGCACCUUCCGCAAGUUUGGUUAAGUCCGGUUUGACGUCAACUACAUCAAAGUCUGUGCCACCUUCACCGGAGAAGAUUCUGAAUGGAAAAGCAACAGUACCUUCUGCAAUAGACAAGAAACAUCAGAAUGGUACCAAAAGCAGUAACAGGUCUCACAAAAGACUUUCUGAGAGGGAAUUUGAUCCUAACAGACACUGCGGAGUUACGGAUCCUGAGACAAAGAAGCCAUGUACAAGGUCACUCACCUGCAAGACACAUUCUCUGAACCAUCGGAGAGCAGUGCCAGGUCGAAGGAAACAGUUUGACAUUCUUCUCGCUGAACACAAAGCUCGCUCAAGGGAGAAAGACACGGUGAAAGACAAGGAACACCCUCCGGUGUCGAAGGAAACACUUCAGAGCCAGUUACUUCCCACCCAGGAGCAGGUUACAGAAUCUUUAACAAACACUGGCUUGGACACUAAAGGUACAUCGCCAGCAAAAUCCAGACCAUCGAAUGCUGUCCUUGCCAGCAGAGUUUCAGCGACCAACAGCAUAAAUAAUGCGGGUACUGCAUCGAACAAUGCAACAGCAUUGGAAUUGCCAUUGUCCAUAAUUGGAGACUUAGCAAGCCGAAUGUCCAGUGACGAAGGAGAAGGGGAUGGCUCAGAGGAAACCGAGAAACUGGAUUGCCAUUAUUCUGGGCACCACCCCAGGCCACUCGGAUAUUGCACAUUUGGGAGCCACCUGAUGGGUAGAGGGUUCUAUGUCUUUGACCGAAGAUGGAACCGUUUUCGACUGGCACUUAAUUCAAUGGUCGAAAAGCACCUAAAUUCGCAGAUGUGGAAGAAAAUUCCUCCUGCAGCAGACAGCCCGAUGCCAUCUCCUACAACUUUUUCCACUUCAGUGCUUCAGCCUCUGAGCAGCCCUUCUGCGGUUUAUCUUCCUUCGAGCUCAGCAAUUACUCCUUCUUACGUGAUGACAGCGCCAAUGCUGUCCUCGGCAGGCUUCGUGACCGCCACGGACACCAAUCCCAUCAUGUCGUACAACGCCACCUUCCCACAUGCAGCGACUGCGUUUAGUUUGAAGGAUUCUGCCUUCAAGGCCCCAUCGUUACUGUCGCCAGUACCCGCUGUUGUACCUUCCCCGUCGCUCAGUAAACCGCCGAAAACGAAAGGCAGCAGAUCGUCCAAAGUCAAGGACCUCCCUUCCCGCAGCGAUCGGGGCUCGUGUAACAAGAGGAAGAAACUGCCCCCACCUGUCUCCUCCCCAUUUCCAUCAACAUUACAGAGCUCAGCAACAACGUCGCCAUUUUUAGGGUCGCACAAGAGGAUCUGUAUACUGAACCUGGGCACUGCAUUGAACUCAUUUCCAGCCGCAUCCUCCUACAGCGCAAUGUCUGUGCACAAUACGAACAAUGGAACCAGUGCCAAAAUAGAUCCCUCAGGACGGACUACUUUGCCUGGCAGCUCGACGGACUCUAUUAAACACAUGAGCAUGGUGGUAAGCAGUAUUGACCCCACUCUCUCUGUUUCCUCCUUGGUGCACCAUACAGGGGACCAUGCACUUGUAGCACAUAAUGCGAUGUCUUCGCUGCCGCUCACUUUUGACAAGUUGGAAGGCAAAAAGCGGAAAAACUCUAGUUCCAACAGUAAAUCCAGUAAAAUAACCAAAAUGCCUGGUAUGAACAGUGUUCACAAACGGAGUGCAGCCAACGUCAUGUCUUCAGUCUCGGAAGCUUCAAACAAUUCUGUCUCUCGCCAGAUUGGGAAAAGCAGCAGUACACUUUUAUCACAGUCCAGUCCAUCAACCACCACCAACUCCGCACAUGGUAACAGACAAGUAGCCAAAAAUCCAGCAGUGAACACCAUUUUUUGCGGGAAAGUAGUUUUGAAAAGCUUCAGUCGUUGAAUGAGGCUCUGGUACUCGCCUUCGACUGCAUAAAAGGACUGCGCUGAUGAGACACAAACCUCUGCUCUGAAGACGUGAAGAAUGCCUCCAUCUCAGCCAAUACCUCCGAGCGGCCUUUUACCCCCCCCUUCCUCCCCCCCUCCCCCAUUCUUCUAGCAAUGCUGGCUGAAUGAGAUGUGGUGAUUUACUGACCAGAGAGAUUCCUGUAUCACUUGUCCUUCUGGUGGUGGUCUCGGGGUGCCCAGUAACGCAAUACACCGGAUUCCAUAAAAGCCAGGAUAAUCAUGAUUAUCCCCUCCCCUUCGAAGAUAAUUAAUAUAAAUCAUGAUCUAAAUCAGUCUGACAUAUCCACAAAGAUAAAAUGUAUCAAAGCAUAUUUUUACCUGGAAUUUUUUUAAAUUCUCGACAAUUGGCAGAUUUUAUGGAAUCCAACGUGAUUACACUGAUUUGUAUUCCUAUAGUUUUUAUAUAAAUGAUAUAUGCUUUCAUUAAAACGUUGUUUUAGCAACAUGGUGGAUUUUCGCUGUGUUGGGGUAUUGAAGAAAAAAAAAGUCUCAGAUUAGUUUUACCGGCUCUGAUGUUUUACAAUGGCAUUUAUAAUUCCAUUCCUGUGUAGACUCUUUCGCUACCAGAAAACAAACAAACAACUUUUCAAAUGCAAUUUUUCUUUGCCAAGGGAAAAUUUGUUUUCGCUAAUUGGCAAGAGUUGGCAAUUUGAGAGAACCUUUUUAAGCUGAAAGGCAAGUGACAGAAACUGGAUUGUCACCAGCUUUGUAUUAAAAGGUGUAAUGAAACAGCGGAGUUUUCUAGCAUGAUAAUGUAUUGAGUGAAGAUGCAGAGGGAUGAGAGGGGAUAAGUGGAAAGGAGAAGCAUAGGAAGUGUUAAUGAUGUCUUAUUAUUCAGUGUUAAAAGUGCACUUAUUUUGUGACGGAUUCUUCCCAAUUAGAAAAGAACAGGCAGGGAUUAGAGUAAACAUGGAUUUUCCUCUAAUAAGAAUGGAUUUUUAUGGUUUUAAUAGUGGUACAGUAAAAGCGAAAUCUGUUCUGUGUAAUAAACUAAAGCUGGUGUGCAGAGACUGUUAAAAUGAAGUUACAGCACAGAGAACUAUUUUUCUUAAGCUAAUCACCAUCCAUGCAGUUAAGAGGUGUUCCUUUAAUUGUUAGUGUUAAUUUUCAUUAAUUUAUGAUUUAUCAUUUUAUUAAUGCUCUAACUGGCCAGGAUAGGUUCAGAAAUAGAAUUUAGGAAUGUCAAAAGUUGCGUGUUUAUAUAUUUUUUAAAUGAAUUUGGAUUGAAUUUUUGCUAUGUACAUUUUGUUAGACUGAAGAUUGUGUACAUAUCCGUUGUUAUUUUUGCACAAAUGUUUUGUCAUGAUUAGCUUAGGAGCUUUUAAGUAUUUUAAUUUUUUCUAAUUUAUUGUGGGUUGUUAUAAGACUACAGGGGGUGGGAAGUGAAUUCCCAGUAAUUAGAAUAAUUUUAUAUAUAAAUAUAUUAAAAAAUAAUGCUGAAGUCUGUCACAAAUACAAACUUUCCUUUUAAAACUGACUGUGCUUGUCAGGAACUACUACUGGGUAGUGAGAUGCAAGGAGAAGUCCGUGACUGAAGGGGACGGUCUGGUAAUUAGAACAAGAGUCAAUAGUUGCCCACAUUGUGGGCCUUGGUAUUGUAUAUUGUACCAGUACAAAUCAUGGACACAAUGCAUAAACCUGUCAGCCAUAAAGAGACAGCAGAUUACUGUAUGCCUUCUUUUGUAUUGAUGUAACAAUUGUAUAUAAAGCUGAUCAAAAAUUUGUAGAAAAUAGUUUAUACAGCAUUAUUAUAUUAUUGCUGAAUCUCAGUGAAUUCUUGGGGAAAAAAAGUUUUUCUAUUUACACCUUAUUUUUUUGUUACACUGUUGACCCAUGGCAUUCUGACAAAACUCUGUGGGUUUUGCAAUGCUGGUCAGUCAUGGGUGUGUUAAUACUGCUGUUGCACAGAUAAAACUUUGCACCUGCCUCAUUGUGCUUUCCUACUGCAGAUUUAAAUUCUACCCCCUCCCCCUCCCCCCCCCCCCAUUCCCCAUUUGAAGAUAUCAAAAGCAUGCAAAAAUCUUCAUCUGUGCCAUACCGUGACUGUUCUUUUCCUGUAAAAAAUUUUAUACACUACACAUUUUCAAUUUGCUUUGUGCAAUUUUCCAUCACCUACCCUCCAGCAGUACGAUUGUGUUCAUUCCAUGCCUCCCUACAUCUUUGUGGUAUUGUUAACAGAAUGGUGUCUAGAAUAGCUGUAAAUAGUUAAUUCAAUGGCGUAUAAAUUGAACAAACUUUGUUUCUGAAUGACACUGCCAUAGUUCCACCCCCAGGUUGGAGAUAUUCUCUAGUGAGGGAUGUUUUUUUGUUUCGUUUUGUAACAGGCUUUGUAAAUAAAAAAAUAAUUUAUAUGUUUCUAAGAA